UGGCGCCCGGAUCAUGAGAAUUUUUUAUGUCGAACUCAAAACAAAGAUCAGUUGUAAAAAUCGUAUUAACUCGUGAAGACGCAAUUGAGAAAUCACAGACACGCACUGUAGGAAAACUUCGAGAAUUACAAAAAUUAUGUUGCCCGCCCGGCAGGAGCAGCAGUGCGAGGAGGUCCAGGAACAGGCGAAAAUGAGCGCCGCGUCAGCAGGCAGCAAUGGUUCUUCGGAGCAAGCAGUCAUGUCCAGUAGGAGCAACUUGAAUGCAAAUCCUACUUCAUCUAAGACAACUGUAUCUGCUCCAGUACAUCAACUACCCGGUGCAGCAGCAGCCCCCGCUGCACAGGAAUGCGUAGUAGAGCAAGCCCCCGUGGCGGCCGCGCGCGGAGACGUGGAGCAGCGGCUGGGUACGCUGCAGAAGAGCUUGCGUUUGUUGGGCGUGGCGGUGGCGAAGAGUCGGGUGCAACUGUGGAAGACGACGCUGAAGCCGUUUGUCCUCAAGUACGGAAAGGUAAACCCGGUAAUGGACUACCCGGGCAAGCAAGACGUGAAACUGUUGCUUUUGAACUUCUCGCACGUGGGAGAAUUCGUCGACAUAUGCAGGAGUGCAAAUAAUGUGCUUUGCGUCCUCUGGAAGAGCGCAAUAUUGGCUUGUUAGCAGUUUUUCGAAGCUCCGCAAGCGCAAGUCAUCUGAAAUACAGGGCUUAGCUGCAUCACAGGCUGCUGAUUUACUGCCCCUGGCGCGAUGCCGAUUCUGCAUGAGAAGCCGUCUCUUUGCAUUGUCAGCAGUUCUUGGCAUGAUCUUUCGCAAGUCAUGCAAGACAGAUUUUUUUGCGAGGCGCAUUGCGCAUCACAAGUUAAUAUUGCAUCUUUCGAGAUGACCCAGACACAUAAUUAUUUGCAGUGGAUAACACACCCUGAAAGACGCGAAGAAGAGCGGGACCGUGAAGCGACGGGAAGUUUUACUGGAACAGCUGGAACGCCAACAAGGUGUAGCCCCGCCGUCCUCCACAACGCCCGGCGAUCCAGAAGAGCCAGUUGGUGGUGCUUCAGAGGCCGGGCAGGAGCUCCAAGUCGGUGCGCAGCUGUGCCUUUUCGAGGACCAGAAACUGGUGGAGAGUUCUGGUCGUCCUUCUGAGCAGAACGCGUCAACACUUUUACCUCCUGCCUCAUCCGUCAGCACACUGCACAGCGUGGUGUACAGUGUGCCCUACGCCCGUCUCACCGCGGAGGAGGCACUCAGGAUGGUCCUCCCCACCGACGUGACCGCGCCGUCGUCGUUCGAGACCGUGGGGCAUUUGGCGCACCUGAACCUGCGCGACGAGCAGCUGCCGUGGAAGUUCCUGAUCGGGAAAAUUCUGCUGGACAAAAACCCCAGUCUGCGGUCCGUGUACACCAAGGUCGGCACGCUGAAGAACGAGUUCCGUACCUUCGAGAUGGAGUUGCUGCUAUGCAUGGCAAAUAUGUGGUCUGAGUAGUAGUUUGGAACGCUGCUGCAACUUGUCAUGCUAAGUCGGGAAAAAUGUGCAAAAAUCUGUAUUGCAUAAAGUAACUACUUACCAAAAGUUGUCCACUUCAUUUUGACCAAGUUGAGAGGGAGUUUCAUCUCAUGCAGGGUUAUUAUCAUGAUAGAUAAAAAAAAAUCGCCGAACGCGAACCUGUCAUGUUGUCAGGUCCUCCUGUAUGCCACACCUCAAGGAUCAAGAUGGAAAAUCUGCAUGACAAGUCUUGCAAUCUCCCAGCAGACCCACAUCGAUAUUUGCAUUGGAUAGAUGGCCGGGGAGGACGACAGCCACUGCCUUUUGAAAGAGGAUGGGUUGAAGCUCUCGCUGGAUUUCAAAAAGGUGUACUGGAAUAGCCGCCUCAGCCAGGAAAGGCACGUCUUGCUGAAGAAUUUGAUAGACUUGCACGCGAUGAAAGAGGCUACUAGUACAACUACACAGACUGGUCCUGCUUCUGCUGCUACCACAAGAACUUCUGCCUCCCCUGAAGCGGCCGGAAGUGGUAAGGUUCGUACAGCAGGAUCAAAUACUUCUAGUACCUGCUCCAAGAUGAACAAGGUCGCCCUGCUCGACCUGUUUGCGGGGAUCGGUGGGUUCGCGCUCAUGGCGGCGCGGAAGAAGAUUCCCGUCUUCGCGAACGACCUGAAUCCUGAGUCCACCAAGUGGAUGGAGGUGAAUGUGGAACAAAAUCUCGUCGGGGCGAACUUCCAAACAAACUUCGCGAUCGCGAAUUUGGACGCCCGGGACUUUGUCAGCACGCUGUUCUCAACAACAACAUCCAGCAAAGGGAGUGGAAGUGGAAGUCGGAAGGCUUCUACUGCUGAUAACGACAAGCGACCAGAAUCUUCUGAGCGAGUUGAAGAAACUAGAGGGGCCUCCGAAGAUCAUCCACGAGGCCACGAGGUCCGAAUGGUCCGUUCCAGCACCGUCGGGCAAGGUCAACAACUACAUCAAGCCUCUGGUACUAGUAAAAACAAUCUUAGCACAAGCACCAGCAGCGGUCGUGACGCAGGUGGGAGUGGUAGUUCAGCUUCUUGGCGGUCGGUGCUUGACACUGUCGACACUUUGUUUGUGGUGAUGAACCUCCCCGAACUUGCUCUGGACUUUCUCGAUGUUUUCGUGGGCGUGCUGUGGGAGAGUACGGGAUCAGCAUCUUCCUGUGAGGGAGAAGAGCAAGAGCAUGCGGAAUUAAUCGAGCAGACGUACCACAUUGAAAAGUGGUCGUGCCCCUACCGUCCCAGAACUUCUACUUGGAAGCGUUUGUUGUACUACUGCAAAACUAAACUUUAUGUUGAUAAUGCUAUUAGAAACACUUGCACUUCGCAUCUUCAUCCACGUAUCAGCAGUAUAAAUUUUCAAUGGGGAUGAAUAGCGAAAGUCAAAAUUUGUGUUGCAAAACGGCCCAGCAAUCACAGUGCCGCUUUUCAUGCCAACACCGACGCUCUACUACACGAGUAGAGCGUGGAUCGGGCAUACUCGUAGUACUUUCACUGAGGUAGUAGCUUUCCAUUUGGAAACUUUGCAUCAGAAAGACAUAUCUUCCAUUUCUGGAGCGGGUAUGAUAGGGCACUUCUUUUCAGCGUGAUAGGACGAAGAGUAAUAUCAAGCGCGUGAACAUCAACUGCCACUGCUUUGCCUCGAAAGAAAAUUACGCGGAGGAGAUCAAGCAACGGGUCCGCAAAGUUUUGAGUGCCGCGCCGAAGGAGUCUGUUGAUGAUUUUGUCGACACCAAGAUGCAAAUCCGGGAGGUGCGGAACAUUGCGCCGAAGAAAAACAUGUAUUGCGUCGUCGGAGACUUGCCGGUCGAAAUUCUCCGCUGUCGUGUAUGCGUUGCAAAUAGAAGGUCGACGUUGUAGCACCUGGGUCUGAGGAUACUCUUCAGAAUCUGAUCAUGCGUGAUUGAGUCCACCUUUAUUUGUGACGCCACUUGUAUCUGCACUACUUGUGUUAGUGUUUAAGAACAAAGCUCGAACAUGCGAUGGAAUGACCACACAAAAAAUAAAUUUUAUUGCUUCCUGGGACGAGUGGAAGUGAGCUACUUCUGCACGAGGUGUAGACGUUUAUAGCAUGCUAUCGCACGAACACCCCUAUUUUUGAUGACUUUGACAAAAAUCUGCAGAACAUCACGAGAUUUUUCCAGACCCAGGGUCUGCAAUGAAUAUUUGCAAUGCAUACAAGAAGAAGUCGCAGGCGAGACUUGAGCAGCCGACGGGUAGUGCCGAGGAGGACAAAAGGAUGAAUGGCCUUCAAAAAGAAGAACCUGCUUCGAAGAGACAGCGAAGUUCGUAAGGCGAUGGUCCGUUCUGUACGUACUACAAACAUGCUGAUGAUCACCGAUUUCUUCUAGUUUGACGAUUCCCACUACAACCCGAAAGAUAGGAACAACGGCGCAAUCGGCGACAAAGAAAGUAGAACUCGCACAAAAACAAGGAAAAGGUCCUAUUGUAUGAAACAACACACGACAGCCAUUUUUUUUUUACGUCAUUUGAUUGCGACGACAACCUGCAGCACGCUUGCCCCCAGUGUUGUAGUGAGAUGAUCACAAAAAUCAUUAUCACGAUCAGGAUCAUCUAUCACAUGCUCCAGAAACCAGCGAACUCACAUGCACCAU